ACUUUUUAUUUGUUGCUUCAACAAAGUGGACUUGAUGAGCACGUUGCUAUAGCAACAAAUAAGCUCAAGCUUCUUAAACCUUAUGUGCCUGUAAACUUUGUAAACAAGUCCUAUGACCCCCGAAUCGGCAAAUUGCAAUACCUAAGCAUAUUUACAUUAUUUUACUCAAGAAAACGAACAAUAAUAGGGUAUUGCUGAUAACAUGAACGCAAAUCAGUUGAGUUUAAAAAAUUGCGAAACCGUUUUGAGCCUUAAAUGAUAACAUCGCGAGAGAUUAUAAAGUAUUAGUUAUUGUUUUGCUGGGCAUUAAAUGUGUUAUUAGUUUUGUGUAUUAAGUGUUGUUUGAUGACACUAGGAUUAUCACUUUUAGAGUGAGGAUCUGAGAGAUUGAAUACCACGAGGCUGCUGUCAUUGCUUUUUUGUAUUCUUUGAUUACCUGAAUUGUAAAGAUUCACCAAAAAGGACACUGCUGGUGUUAAGUAACGUAGUAUUUUGGCAAAUUUAAAACAUUAACAGAACUCUGGGUUACUGAGUUCCAAUUCUUGGAUCUUUUUAAAAAAGAAAUACGGGGUUAUGUCAUUCUCAGCGAAUGCGGUUUACUUGAAUCUUUGACCAUAACGAGAUCAUGACUAUUUGCUAUUUUUUCCAUAUUUUACCCAAUGUACGAAUCUGUACUGUAAGAAUAUUUAAAUAAUACAGGAGUGGUAAUGUUACCCAGGAAAAGGCUUCUAUUCGCUUAACAGCAGCUGCCGCUAACGUACAAAACUAGUUUUCGUCGUCGACUCCGAUCUCAAGAGGUUGCUUCUCAUGCCAGGAAAAUUUGAAUUUGUGUAAUACCUAUAAUCAUACUUGAUGUAGAUUUUUUUUCUCGAUUCUUUUGGAAUUUUCUGUAGAAAGAUAUUAGUUCAUUUCAAUUUGCGCAUGGUCUCACUUAUUCUUUAUCCUAAGUUUUCGGGCUCCGACUGGUUGCCUAGAUAACAUUUGCAUAUCCCAAGAUGGAUUGCGGUUUCGGUGCAUGACCAUAAAAGAAUUGCCCAUUGUAAAGCCCCAAUUAUUCUCCUUGCGUAUCAGAACGUUGUGUUAUGUCUAUUCCUAACUGCUUUGAAGGAAAAAGGAAACAUUUUAAAUUAAAUGACGCUAGAAGUUUUAGAGUUGGACGUUUUACACGUUAGCGGAAGAAAGAAAACUUUAACCAUAACAUUCCUCAAGGCUCCCUCAUCAUCAAGCUAAUAACAUCUGCCUUUAGAAAAUGGAAAACGAGACAGUUCACUGCUCGUUCAUCAUUGAUAGCCCUCUUAGGAGACUCCGUAUGUUUCCUACGAACGUGGCGAUGUUGGUGUUGAAUGGUGUAUUCUGCUUAACAGCCACGGUACAAAACAUGCCCGUUAUCGCUGCCAUUGUCAAGACACCGUCUCUUCACACUCCUUCAAACGUGCUCCUAUGUUCGUUGGCUUUAACUGAUUUAACAGUAGGCUGCGUUGUUCAUCCUGUUUUCGUAGCUUUUAAAGCACGACUUCUGCUGGGCGAGUUCUGGUGCCUCUUGUUGCUUGUCAAAGAAGGCUUGCUCAUAUACACCGGAAUUCUUUCCAUGUUGAUUUUGCUUGCAAUAAGUUUGGAACGCUUGAUCGCUCUCCGUUUGCAUUUGCGAUAUGGAGUCCUCAUCACUAUUCCUCGUGUGUUGGCUGUGGUCAUUGUGACUUUGUUGUCAUGGGGUCUUGUUGUAUGCACUUGGCCAUUAGGUGUUAGCAUCAACGUUGUUUCCUCAAUUAGCGUCGCCAUCAUGGUGGUGGUCGCCGUUGCAUUGGUCGCAGUUUGCGCCGAAAUUUUUCGCAUUUUACGGAGACAUCAGAUGGUGAUUUGGAAUCAAAAUAAACUACAAGCUGAAAUGUUCAGGUCAGCCUCACGAAGAAGGAAAUCUGCAGCCGCGAUUUUGUAUGUUGUCGUUUUGUUUUUUGUCUUUUAUUCCCUGAGCGCUUUUGCUACUAUUCGUUUCAUCUUUACUCAAGAUUUCAACAUAUCCCAAAACAUUUUGUGGGACAUUGCAGAGACCUUGGCUCUCAUGAACGCGAGUGUCAAUCCCAUUUUGUAUUACUGGAAGAUGGGGAACAUUCGCCGCGCAGUGCGAAGCUUGUUCUGUGCCUCAAAUCAAACUCAUUUGGCAGCAAACAAAAGAACUGACUACUCAACAACUUUUAAGACCUUUAGGUUUUAAUACCGACAUGAAACAGUUUAUACUAAUCAUACAGAUCAAGUUCUUCUCUAGAAAUAAAAAAUUGUGUCAAAAACCUCUAGGAAGUGGUCAUAUUCCUACAACUCUAUAAAGUUGUUUGUGGGGAAACAAUGCAUGUCUCAGCAGAUGGUCAAUUCACACCAAAAUGAUACUUGCAAUAAAGCCUACCCCUCAGUGUUU